CUGCACCACACCACCACCCCUGCGCCAACACAUUGUGAUUUUUACGACUAUUUUCAACAUACUUUCAGCACCUGGAGCUUUCGAAGUGCCCUCUUAUUUUUAUCUUGACCCAGUAUGUAUUGGUCAGGAGGGAUCUCAGCAACCAUACAGACCAACAGGCUACAAGCUGAGGGCAUGGGCUCCAUAGAGCAGGCAGUCCACUUCCUCAACCAGGACUAUGAGCAGCUGAAGCAGGAGUGUGUGGAGGCUGGCUGUCUUUUUGAGGACCCCUGCUUCCCCGCCGAGCCUCCCUCCCUGGGCUUCAAGGAGCUGGCUCCCCACUCCUCCAAAACCAGGGACGUGGAAUGGCUGAGGCCCACGGAGCUGGAAGAUGACCCUCAGUUUAUCCUAGGAGGAGCUACAAGAACAGACAUCUGUCAAGGAGCACUGGGGGACUGCUGGCUCCUAGCGGCCAUAGCCUCCCUCACUCUGAACGAGACACUUCUACAUAGGGUGGUCCCUCACGGCCAAAGCUUUCAGGAUGACUAUGCUGGAAUCUUCCAUUUUCAAUUCUGGCAAUUUGGAGAAUGGAUAGAUGUUGUGAUUGACGACAGACUGCCAGUAAAAGACGGAGAGCUCAUGUUUGUCCACUCCGCUGAGGGCAAUGAAUUCUGGAGCGCUCUGCUGGAGAAAGCAUACGCCAAGUUAAAUGGGUCCUACGAGGCCCUUUCUGGAGGCAGUACAACCGAGGGCUUUGAAGACUUCACAGGUGGUGUGUCAGAGAUGUACGAGCUCCGCAAAGCUCCCAAGGACCUGCACAGGAUCAUUGGCAAAGCCUUGGAAAGAGGGUCUCUGCUGGGCUGCUCUAUUGACAUCACCAGUGCCUUUGACAUGGAGGCUGUGACAUUCAAGAAGCUGGUGAAAGGACACGCCUACUCCGUUACUGGCUUGAAGACGGUAGACUUCCGGGGUCAGAUGGAGAGGUUGAUCCGGGUGCGUAACCCCUGGGGACAGGUGGAGUGGACAGGGGCCUGGAGCGACAACUCUUCAGAGUGGGAUGAGAUCGACCCGUCUGAGAGAGAGGACCUGCAUCUUCAGAUGGAGGACGGGGAGUUUUGGUUGUCCUUCCAGGAGUUCUUGCGACAGUUUUCCCGCCUGGAGAUCUGUAACCUGACUCCUGAUGCUCUCAGUGACGAUGGCCUGAGCCACUGGAACACCAUCAAGUUCCACGGCACAUGGAGGAAAGGCAGCACUGCUGGAGGAUGCAGGAACCACCCUAACACAUUUUGGAUCAACCCCCAGUACAAAAUCACCCUGCUGGAGGAGGAUGAUGACCCGGAGGAUGACGAGGUGGCCUGCAGCUUCCUGGUGGCUCUCAUGCAGAAGGACAGGCGGAGGUACCGGCGCCAAGGUCAGGACAUGCACACCAUCGGUUUUGCCAUCUACGAGAUUCCUGAAGAGUACAGGGGCUGCCAGAAUGUCCACCUGAAGAAAGACUUCUUCUUGAACAACUCGUCCUGCGCUCGCUCCGAGACCUUCAUCAACCUUCGUGAGGUGAGCUCCCGCCUCCGUUUGCCCCCAGGAGAGUACCUUGUCGUCCCGUCGACUUUUGAGCCCAGCCAGGAUGCUGACUUUGUCCUCCGAGUGUUCACUGAGAAGCAGUCCGAGACCGAAGAGCUGGAUGAUGAAAUAUCAGCAGACCUGGAGGAUGAGGUGGGUUUCUGGACAUGUACAGUCACCACUGUACACUGUAGGCACACUUUCUUCUACUUUCAAAACCACAACAAUUCUCUCUUUCCAUUACAGGAUGAAAUCACCGAAGAUGACAUUGAUGACUCGUUUAAGUCCAUGUUUUCCCAGUUAGCAGGAGAGGAUAUGGAGAUUUCUGUCCGUGAGCUGAAGACCAUCCUGAACAGAGUGGUGUCUAAACACCAAGACAUAAAGACAGACGGCUUCAGUACGGAGUCCUGUAGGACCAUGGUCAAUCUCAUGGAUAAAGAUGGCAGUGCCCGCCUAGGCUUGGUAGAGUUUCAGAUCCUCUGGAACAAGAUUAGGAAGUGGUUGGGCCUCUUCAGACAAUAUGACUUGGAUAAGUCAGGUUCCAUGAGCUCGUAUGAAAUGCGUCUGGCUGUGGAGUCCGCAGGCUUUAAACUCAACAACAGACUGAACCAGAUUCUAGUGGCCCGCUAUGCUGAGAAUGAGGCCAUUGACUUUGACAACUUUAUCUGCUGCCUAGUCAAGCUUGAAGCCAUGUUCCGAUCUUUCCAGCAGCUUGACCAAGGAACAGGACAGGCUGAGAUGAAUAUAACCGAGUGGCUGUACAUGACCAUGUGUGGUUGACGAGGACCAUUUUACAAGAGGAUGGACAAACAGUGCCUAAUACCUGGAAUCAUAUUGUUCUGUUGGUUAUAAUCUUCCUCACACACCCCACCUCAGAAUGCACUAUAUAGCAGAUAGAACUGUAUUAACUGGGUGACACUUGACCAAGCUAAAUACCACUCCCCCGUGCCACUGCUAAAGCUAUGCAAGAGUAGUUUGAUAAUCAAAAGCUGAAUCGCUGUCUUAAAGUCCUCUCACAUCCCCUGUUGGUAAACAGAAUAUGUUAGAGCAUGAAAUAUCAGUAUGCCUGUAAUGUUUUGCAGCAUACUUCAAGGAAGUCCCCAGGCUUCUUUAUUUUGCAUGUGAUUGUCAGACCUGGUCCAGUGUUUUUGAGUAUCUUUUCUAGUUUUCAACCAAUCAUUUUGAAACGGAAUGUGGUGUGCCUUUAGUAAGGUCUGUUUUAUUCAGAAGGGUAUACAUUUGGUUUAGUAUUGACUGACUCACAGGUCUGUGCUUUUUCUAAUGUGAAAAUGUUUGAAUCAUAUUUGCAGUCUCCUUGAACUGCACAGAUUAAUAUAACUUCUUUUUUUUAUGUUAAACACUGGAUUCUAUCCUGAGUUAAAAGUUAAACAUGUUACUAAAAUUAGCUGCACUCUAGUUGAGUAGGAAGACACUGUAGCAUCACUGAUUACAAGUAGGGGGUUUCAAAACAUAUGCUGUACCUUUUUAAUAAGGAAAACAUACCCAUGUAUAAUGUAUCUUAUUUCAAAUGAAAUGAUUGAAAUGAAA